GGAGGAGGAGGAGGAAAGAGGCGGCUCCUUGGCCUUACUCAGCGGCCAUUUGCCUCCGCCCCUCGUCGCUCAGCCGGGAGUCCCUUCCCUUCGGAGGCGACGCUCCGGUCGGGAAAAAGCGCAGCUGGGCGAGGAGAAGAAGAGGGAGGCCGUAACGAUGCUGAGUUUCUUUCGACGAACGCUUGGGCGCAGGUCUAUGCGCAAACAUGCUGAGAAGGAACGGCUAAGAGAGGCCCAGCGAGCUGCAACUCACAUCCCUGCUGCUGGAGAUGAGAAAUCCAUAAUUACAUGCCGUGUCUCUUUGCUGGAUGGAACUGAUGUCAGUGUGGACUUGCCGAAAAAAGCCAAAGGACAGCAGCUGUUUGAGCAGAUCAUGUACCAUCUGGACCUCAUUGAAAAUGACUAUUUUGGAUUACGAUUCAUGGAUUCCGCACAAGUAGCACACUGGUUGGACAACACAAAGAGUAUUAAGAAACAAGUUAAAAUUGGUCCACCAUACUGUCUACAUCUUCGUGUAAAGUUUUACUCUUCUGAGCCAAACAACCUACGUGAAGAGCUCACCAGGUAUUUAUUUGUUCUUCAGCUAAAACAGGACAUUUUGAGUGGCAAGUUGGAAUGUCCAUUUGAAACAGCUGUGCAGUUGUCAGCUUACAUGUUACAAGCUGAACUUGGUGACUAUGACCCUGCUGAACACAUCCCUGAUAUAGUUUCAGAGUUCAGGUUUGUGCCUGAGCAAACUGAAGACAUGGAACUCGCCAUUUUUGAGAAGUGGAAGGAAUACAGGGGGCAAACACCAGCUCAGGCAGAAACAAAUUAUUUGAACAAAGCAAAAUGGCUGGAAAUGUAUGGAGUAGACAUGCAUAUAGUCAAGGCAAGAGAUGGAAAUGAUUAUAGCCUCGGACUAACCCCCACAGGAGUUCUUGUGUUUGAAGGAGAAACUAAGAUUGGAUUGUUCUUCUGGCCAAAGAUCACUAGGUUGGACUUCAGAAAGAAUAAAUUAACACUAGUGGUGGUUGAAGAUGAUGAACAGGGCAAGGAGCAGGAGCACACAUUUGUCUUUAGGCUGGAUCACCCAAAGGCCUGCAAACAUUUGUGGAAAUGUGCAGUCGAGCAUCAUGCCUUCUUCCGCCUCCGUGGACCCGUCCAAAAAGGUUCCAGUCGGUCAAGCUUCAUUCGGCUGGGGUCAAGGUUCAGAUACAGUGGGAAAACAGAGUACCAGACAACGAAGACCAACAAAGCCAGAAGAUCAGCAUCUUUUGAAAGAAGGCCUAGCAAGCGAUACUCAAGGAGAACGCUACAAAUGAGAGGAAACACUCAUAAAUCUGAAGAAACUAGCCUUCCAAAUAACGUUUUCAGCCAAAAUAAUGGAUCACAGCAGAACUGGAGUGCAAUGCCCGCCCUACCCUCUGUUACAUCAGUUCCUUCUGGGCCAGUCUUAGUUGAAAUAGAAAAUCUCCCACGGAGUCCCGGGACCAGCCAGCAAGACAAGAAAUGUAUGCCCCUGAUUGUUGAUUUACUGGAUAACAAGGAAUUGUUGGAAACUUGUAUUGACAAUACUACUGAUUUUCCUCCUGCCGGAGGGUCAGCUGAAGCUUUGGAAGAAACGGGUCUUGGCUUCACUGCUCUUGGCACAAAAGAACAACCCUCUGACAAGGCGGACCCUGUUGGUGAGGAUGCAACAUUGAAACUCAAGCGGCUGGAAGCAGAACUCAACCCUUUGCUGGUUUCCCAGUCCAACAUAAACAUCAACAAACAGCAGGAGGUGGUGAAGCUGACGGAGAAAUGUCUCAACAAUGCCAUUGAGAGCCCAGCGAGUGCCUCUGUACGGCUGCUUCCAGACAUCAAGAGCAACAUUCUGAAGGCCCAGGCCGAGGCAGUGAACAAGGUCAUGAGGGAGGACAGCAUGUCUGGCAAUAAGAACACCAACCUUCAAGAUGCUGCUGGCAGGAGCAUUCUUCUGUCUGGAAAAGUUCAGAACAGCCCUCUGAGAGCCCAGAGCCCCGUGUUCCAGGAGCCGAGAGAGAGGCUGAAAGCGAUUCCUAUCUCCAAUGCCUUCAUUCCGAAUGAAUUAAAUGAGGAUAAUGCUGCCUCUAGCCCUGAGGAUUCUUUGAGUCCUCCUAAUCUGGCUCCUACAGAGGAGGCUGCUAUUGUAAAGAACUCUCCAGAGGACUUAGAGAUUUUGUUAACAUCACAGGCAGAGAAUCUAAUUGACUUUACAGAAGCCAUGCCUCGGGUGUCUUCACCGCCAGCAGUUUUGCCCAGGUGGUUGGUGCCAAGUGGACUGGUUUCCAAUGGACCUUUAGGGAAUGAUGUUGCCUUAGCUCUUAAGGCAGUGAAAGGCAGCACUGAGGCACUGACCAUCUCUGCUGGCUCCCCACCUCUACUUUACUCACCUGAAAUCAUGCCCAGUCCUGCUGCAGAAGAUGUUACAACAAGGCCGAAAUGUUUACUUACCACUGAACUCUGAGCUUUGACAAAGUCUCAUCUUCCUAGCAUCUGCAACGUGCUCCUGGAAUGGACUUAACCUGGAAUUGACCCAUGCUCAGACCAUGGUUAAAACAAAAUGCCUGGCAGUUUUACUGUGGAUUCAUGCAACUGGAAAUCUAGUAUGAAGAGCUGCUGGGAAGCCUGAGCACCUUUUGUAAAGUACACUGGAACACAUUCUGACACGUAAUGAAACCUGCAAGGUUUCCAUCCAUAGCAAUGCUUUUGUCUAUAAAGCUCCUUGCUGCUCUAGGGGUGUAAAUAAAGUCAUCACUGUGAUGAAUGAAUUAGUAAUGGAGAGGAUAGGAACUUCUAUCGCCACCUGCUGGUUGUUGCUAUAAAAAGCAUGUAGUGCUAAUGGUGUUUUUUUAUAGAGCAAGCUCUUCUUUCUUUCUUAACAUCUCCUUUGAUUCCUCUUUUGUACUGAUAUCUGUCAAAUGUUCUUGGCCUUAAUCCACUUUCUAGACUUUGCACUUUUGCUCACCGUGUAUGAAAGAAACUGAAUAUGCAGCACCUUGAUAGGUUACCCAACUGGCAGGUUCUGCUCUCUCUAGUCAAAGAGGCAAAGCAAUUUUCUACCAAACACUUUUAGGCUACCAUAGUGUGUGAGUGUAACUGUUCCACAUUUUGUCCCAUUCUCUAUAAGAUGUGUCUAAAAUACUGCUAGUGCGUAAACCUCUGCUGCAGAAGAGCUUCAGAAUGGAAAGGCGUGUUCCCUUGCACCUUUUCACUGGCUUCUGUUUGGAAAGUUCCUUCCAACAAAACUGAAAAUUGUUUUAAGGUAUGUUCUAUGAACUUGUCAAUAGCUGGUUUCUGUACUGUAAGUACAGAAUAAUUAGAAUUACUGCCUUUUUUCUAUGUUCCACUACAAUAUUUUUUUCUUCGAAUGAGGUUGCAAUUGGCAGGUUUUACAUCUUGAUUUCCUAGUCUUGUUCAGACACAUUCCAGUAGUUCACCUAUCUUCUUCAAAUUAGACCAGUGACUGGACAUUUAGUGAAAGAGUCUCCCUCAGUAUAUUGAAGUGCUAAUAGUUUUGGACCAGUGGGGAAAUCUUUUUCUACUACAAACUCAGGGAAAUUGCUGUUCAUUGGUGGAACUACGUGAAUCCUAAGUUUAACUCAUGCUUAGCAUUGUUUUGUUUGUGGACCAAUUUCUCCAUGGGCAUUGAGAGCCAACAAUAAAACUUGGUAGGACACAGCUAUUGGUUAAGACACGAUUCUAUUGUUCAUGUUCAAAAAAUAACUUUAUUCUUUUGGUUUUCAAAAAAGACAGAAAAAAAUGUAGAAAUGUGAUCAUCUUUAUCUUUCCAAAAUGGCUCUCAACUCGCUGCCCAGUUGGAAGGGUAGGUUAAAAGAAUUGGAGCAAGUUCUCUUAAACUUGAUUUAUUUAGCGUUGUAUCUGUUUCAAGAAGCCAUUUUAUGGUGCAAGAAACCUUCCUUGUUUUGGGGAUGGGUUGACAUAGGCUAAUGAACCAAUUCACUAUGAACAGCUUGAUCACCCUUCCCUUUCCCCAUUCCUUACAUGGUAAUUGCUGCUUUUGAAAUAAGAGCAGUUGCAAUGCUUUUUAUAUGUAGCAUUGUGAGGAGCAAGUUUCAUUUUUUAAAGUAGGCUCUGAACACUUCACCUUUACCAGUAGCUGAACUCCUAUGUGCAAGAUGCAUCAGAUUAGCAUUUGCCUUUGAGAUAUCCCUCAUUAACUAUCAGCAAACUAGAGAGGAGGCUGCCUAAACCAUUUCAAACAAUCUGGAGGUAGAAUCCAAAUCACCUCAUGAGUUUUAUCAGUAAUUUUAACAGAAGAGUGUAUUUUAGAUGCUACAGUAAUUAUUUUUAAUAUACCCCCGAUUACAAGAGAGUGGAAGUAGAAGAAAGGUUAAUCAACGGUUUGCUAUCUAGAAUGUUAGUGAAACUUCCUUGAAUUUCCUAGAUUUCAGGUAUAGCUAGUUUCUAAAAUGUUGCAUGUUAGGGUUGUUAGAGAAUGACUAAACAAAAAGAAUAAUAAUGUGUUACUCCGUGUGAUUUAGAGUCCUAUGCAAGCCAAGCCAAAAACAAAGGAAAAAUGGACAGAUGCUCAGAUGUAAUAAAUUGUUCCCAUUUCCACUAUUGUAAAAUUCUGAAUUACUAGGAAGUCUUAGACUACAAUAUUGCUGACCACUAUAGCUAUCAAAUGUAUUUAAAAAUAUAUAUAGCCAAAAUUGAUUAUUCAUUUGACUGAUGGAGGAAUAGUGUGCAAGACACAGAUCUCAUGAUCUAUAUUUAUAUUUUAUUUAAUGGUGGAACCUACAUGACUAGCAAAGUAGACAGUCUCUUUCCUAGAAACAAAUGCCUAUUCCUGUUCACAGUGAGAAACUGGGUGUGGUAUAUUGCCCUUGUUAUUGCCAUGCAGUUCAUGUUGAGAUGUCAUCAGUAUUGAAUGGUUGCGUUGUACAAAAGAAAUAAUGCUUAUUGUGUCGUGCAAACACUGUCAUAUGAAAGGUGCAGUUAUCACAGACGGAACUCAGUCUUUCAUAAAUGCAAUAUGUGUCGGUGGAGGUGUAAGGUUGCUCACCUGAGCAUUUGGCUGUAAGACACUGACUUUAGGGGUUAAUUAAGGUUGACUGCAUAUUUGCAGAUUACAGUUACCUGAUGUUAGAAGGAUUGUACUGGUUGAGAGCAACCACCAUAUUGAGAAAUGCUUGGAAAGUAGCUUUUGUUCUGCCUAUUGCAGGGGUGUGGAACCUGGUGCCCUUUAGAUGUUGCUGGA